CUCACGUCUCGCCUACCUCGCCUCUGCCUCUCGCUCGGGCCGCCGCAUCCUUGCUCCGGCGAGCCUCACUACCACCUGCCCGUGCUGCUCCGGCGAGCGGCCAUUAUACACCCACCUCGCGCUGCUUCGGCGAGCGGCCACUAUCCACUCGCCUCGCGCUGCUCCGGUGAGCAACCGCUCAUCCAUCCGCGCGACCAUGCGGCAACCAGCGCUCGUCGCCAUGGCCGACCGCAGCUGGUUGCGCUCCGGUCCAUGGCCGCCGCAGCAGGAUUUGCUACAACCAUGCUUUUUUUUGCUGGAACCAGCCCAUGUAUUUGCUACCACCCACCCAUCCAAAAUCUGCUACCACGUUAGUUUUUGCUGGAACCGGCGAACCAUUUUGCUACAACCGUUUUGGUUUUUGUUACCACCGGUGUUUUGUGCAUUUGUGCUACAUCCAUCUUCAUGACAUCGCUGUAUUUCCAGUCGAUUUUUUGCUACAACCAUGUUAUGAUUUUGUUGGAACCGAAGAUAAAUUUUGCUGGAACCGGCUUAUGUUUUUGCUACCACCCACCCCGCCCGAAAUCUGCUCCCACCGUAUUCUUGCUGGAACCGGCUAACGAUUUUGCUACAACUAUGUUGUUUUUUUGUUACUGCCGGUGUUUGUCGAAUUUUUGCUACAUCCCAUCUCCAUGAACAUGCAAGACCCGCGACUGUGUCUUUGGAUGCAACCUUUUUGUCAGUUUUUUGUUACCACAGGUGUUGAUGAUUGCUACAUUCAUUCUCACGAGAUGCUACAUCCCUGUUUUUUCGGUCGAUUUUUUUGCUACAACCAUGUUUGAUUUUGCUGGAGCCGAAGUCAAUUUUUGCUACUUCCAUUCACGGCGGCGUUGCUCGACGGUGGUGAUGGAUUUUUUUUUUUGGGAACCGCGGCUGCCCCCCGAAAGCGAGAAUGGAGUGGCGGCGAGCUUUGAGGCCGGCGUCGAGCUCGUCCAUGGCGGGGGAGGGGUGGGGUCAGCGGGGGCUCAGUCGUCGGGCGGGGGAUUCUUUCGCGUCUGGCAUGCGGCGGCGCGAGGUGGGAGAUGCGGGGAGGACAAAGAAAAAAGGAGCUCGAUCAAACGGCUGAUAAGACGCGCAUCUGACGGCUGGGGGUCGACCGGCCGAACGGUUCGGCCGGUGCGCCGGCGCCUAGCACUGCCCUACCAUUUAUGAUAUUUGUUGUAAAAACUUUCAGUUUUUUUACUUUUUAUAAUUACUAUUUUAAAAAAAAAUAGCGGAUGCACUCGCAUCGUCCGAGAGCCAAAAUCUGCUUCCUUUGGACACACCGCUAUUAGUUUGUUCUGCGGUAGUCUUAGGUAUUCUUUUUUUUGAAACUUAGUCUUAGGUAUUCUCUUGGUCACGUCAGCUGGUUAGGGAGCAGCGGCCACCAGCGGAAAGCUAUGGGUAAUCACGUACAGUAUGAGUCAAUGAACCAUAUAUUCGUGGUGCGCGGAAGCGUCAUGUUGUCGAUACUAUGCCAUUGUAAUAGUGUAACUGGUGUCUUAUUUUUCAUAAUUAGCGUACAACAAAGUUUCAUUCAGAAGGAAAAAAAAAUCCCUUCCUCAAGCAACUUGCCAUUUGCCAAAGCCUAAAUGACCUCGCACAACCUAGGCUGCUUUGCAAAGCAGCUCCCGUCAUCAUCACCUAACCCCGUUAUUGUGGAUUCGUGUUGCUUUUCCCUCAUUACAUAUUGCGCACUGUCACACUUGAUCAUUCUAAAUUACUAGUAGCGCUUAGCAGCCAUGGCUUUUCCAAGAUAGCGGACGCCAUUAGCACCACUGAACCAGUUUAGUGUAUAGAACUACUGCUGCCACUCCACUGAAUCAGUUAGCACACUACGGUCUUUCUAUAUAAAUACCGGUGCCUCUCAGUCUUCUUCCUUCACAAUCAUAGGAGAGCAGAACUCUCCUGCAAUGGCGACCAAGAUAUACAUCGUGUACUACUCGACCUGGGGGCACGUCGCGACGCUGGCGGAGGAGAUAAAGAAGGGCGCCGACUCCGUCCCCGGCGUGGAGGUCACCAUAUGGCGGGUGCCGGAGACGCUGCCGGAGGGCGUGCUGGCGAAGAUGCACGCCGCGCCGGGGCGCCAGGACCACCCCGUCAUCACGGCGGGCCAGCUGGCCGAGGCCGACGGCGUCCUGUUCGGCACCCCGACGCGGUUCGGCAUGAUGGCGGCGCAGAUGAAGGCCUUCUUCGACUCCACCGGCGGCCUCUGGAAGGAGCAGUCCCUCGCCGGCAAGCCCGCGGGCGUCUUCUUCGCGACGGCCACCCAGGGCGGCGGCCAGGAGUCCACCGCGCUCACGGCCGUCACGCAGCUGGCGCACCACGGCAUGCUGUUCGUGCCUGUCGGGGGCACGCACGGCGCCGGCAUGCUGAUCAUGGACGAGGUCAAGGGCGGCAGCGCGUACGGGGCGGGCACCUUCGCCGGCGCCGACGGUAGCAGGGUGCCCACUGGCGCCGAGCUCGCUUUGGCGGAGCACCAGGGGAGGUACUUCGCCGGCAUCGCUAAGAAGCUCAAGUCCGUGUGAAAUCUGGUUUACUGCACCGUAAUGCAUGCUAUGCACCGCAAAGAUGGACUCAUCGUAUAUAUAUGUGGAGCAGGAUUUACACCAUUCUGUAACACGUUCCCCUUCCUUUCCACUUUUGUUUAAUAAUAAUAAUACUCCCUCCAAU